AUGAGUGAGGCUGGAGAGGGCACCCUCAAGGAGGUGGCCGCUUCGGUCUCCCCUCAAGCCAUGCAGAAACACCUGGCAUCCUUGGGAGGCGGAGAUCUGCCCAGAGCCCUAGGUUCCUGCAACCUCAGCAGGGAUGCAAUCCCUAAGGCCACUGUGGUGGGCGCCAAGGGAAAGGCGCCCAAGGAGGUCAUUGCUAAGAGGGUGCAAGGCUCUGUCAAGUGGUUUAACGUGAAGAAUGGGUAUGGUUUCAUCAGCAGGCAUGAUACCCGGGAAGAUGUGUUCGUUCACCAGACGGCCAUCACCCGGAACAACCCUCACAAAUACCAACGCAGCGUGGGUGAUGGUGAGAUGGUCGAGUUUGAUGUGGUGCACUGUGAGCGGGGCACCCAGGCUGCCAAUGUGACCGGACCAGCGGGUGCCCCAGUGGAGGGAAGCCGCUUUGCUGCUAACCGCCCACGCUUCUGCCAGGGCUUCUAUAUCCACCGCCGAGUGCUGCCACCACACAGUCCCAAGGGUACUGAGGACAACGUUGAUGAAGGUGAGGGCAGUGGCGAAGGCUUCAUUGUGGCCCAGGGCCUGGGGCGCCGUCUGCCUGGCCACCCCCAAGACCAAGGACUGCGGCACUUCCCGCACUUCCUCAGGGCCCCAGCCGUGAGCUGCAACCCAUCGAUCCUGGCUCCCAUCAGCGGCCCAUGGCCCAACCACCUGCCAGCGUCUGCCCCGACCUCAAAGCCUGAGAGCGAGCAGAGGCGGGGUCCAGGCCACAGCUACCUGCUGAGUCGCCCUAGACGCCGAGGCACCACCCUUGGUCCAAGACCCUCACCAGGCAUUUCUGAAGAGCUGGCGGUGGAGCACAGGGAGAUGGGACAUGAUGCGAGUGGCGAUCCAGAACAGAGGUCCCAUCCACGCUAUGGAUCCCACCACCCCAAGAACAUGCACUGCCACCUGCAGCAGGUGCCUGGUGCCCAGGGCCAGGAUCCUAAGAGAGGAGAGGGCAAAAUCAAGAAGAACCCUACUGACACACCUGCUUCUGUUGCUGUGCCCAAGAAGAGCAGCACCUCUAAGGGGGAGAACACCCUGGUCAUGGAUGCCCCCUCUGCUGCCUGGGCCAAGUAA